AUGGCUAUCUCGUGCUGUGGCGCCUCCCCUCCGCGGUGUCUGCUCGUGUCGCUCCUGCUCCUCUCCCUCAGCGUCUUGCGGAUCCACGCGCGCCACGGCCCCGAGGUAGCCGUUGCGGACGCUAUGCUGCAGUCCCGCAGCAUUCGCGGCGGGGAUGCCGCAAAUUCUCACCGGCGCUUCGACUCCGAGUCGAAAUCACCCGAGGUACUGCCGCAGUACACGAAGGUCGCGGAGUCGAUUGCGGAGUGGAAGCGGCGAUCAGCGGAAGCGGGCGCGCACUUCUUCCCCCUGCAGCGCGCGGAAGACGCCCCCAGCAGGGAGGAGAUACACCGCCGGAUUCUCGCGCCUUCCGUGAGUGCGGGGGUGCAGUGGAGUGGAGGGUGCCAGGAGCAGGGCAUUGCUGCUGCUUGGCAGUGUCACACGAGAUUCGUGUAUCCGUACUACGUGAAUCUCAAGCUGGGGUCGCAGAAGCUGGAGUUCAGCAUGGCUCUCGACCUCAUGUUGCAAUUUACCUUCGUGCCCUGCGACUGUCUGCACUGCGGCACCAUGCGCAAGGGGACCACCUACAGCAAGCCCUUCAGCUCGCUCUCUUCCACAACCCUCAAGUACAUCUCCUGUGUCGACCAGCGCUGCCAGGGGGGCGGCUUUUUUUACGGAUGCAACACGGAGGGGCUCCCCAACUACCUCAACACCACGGGCGUGCUGCCUGGGGACGACGCUCUCUGCGUGUACAGUGCAUACAAUUAUGUAUACGACUACUACGAAGAUGACUCUGGUACUAAAUCGUACUAUCAGUCGGUGGGGCAUGUGGUGGAGGACACGGUCUACCUCCCUGCACCUGAUGGUACCGAAGUCAACCGCUCCAUCAUAUUCGGCUGUGGAGUGAACCAGCAUGGCAUGUGGGGCAUGCAGGGGUGGGAAUCCGGGUCGUGGUCAGCAGGAGGCGUGCUGGGGCUGGGGUAUUACAGCCCCUUCCUCUGGCAGCUUACCGGGCCUGAUGUCCCAACCACCUUUGCGGUGUGUCUUGAGGAGCCGACGCCGACGAACAAGACGGGGUGGGAUGGCAAGGUGCCGCUGCAGACAGGCAGCAGCCAUCUCACCAUCGGAGCCACCGGCCUCCCUGCCGGCGCCAGCUAUGCCACCAUGUAA